CAUCUACCCAGCAUCCAGGAGAAUUUACAGACCAGCUCAGCUGCCAGCAAAAGCAGGUGCUCUCCCCCUACCAGUGCUCCAGAGGAAAUAUUUAGGAAUGGAAAACCUGAUGUUUGUCUACUGCUCCUGUAAAGUUACCUGGACAUUGCUUAUAACAAUUCUAGGUUAUGCCAGCAGCUUGCCUGUGGGUGAUGAUUCUAUUUGCACAGCAGAAGAACUUGCUAAGUACAGCAUAAUCUUUACAGGGAAAUGGAGUCAGACUGCUUUCCCUAAGCAGUAUCCACUUUAUAGGCCCCCAGCACAGUGGUCAUCAAUGCUAGGUGUUACUCAUAGUUCUGACUACAGCAUGUGGAAAAAAAAUGAAUAUGCCAGCAAUGGUGUUCGUGAUUUUGCUGAAAAGGGUGAAGCAUGGGUAUUAAUGAAGGAAAUAGAAGAAGCUGGAGAGAAAAUUCAAAGUGUACAUGGAAUCUUCUCUGCUCCUGCCAUUUCCAGUGGUACAGGACAAACUUCCACUGAACUAGAAGUGCAUUCAAGACAUCCUUUAGUUUCAUUUGUUGUUCGAAUUGUGCCAAGCCCCGACUGGUUUGUGGGUAUUGACAGCCUAAAUCUCUGUAAAGGAGACCACUGGAUGGAAGAAUUAUCGAUAGAUCUGUUUCCAUAUGAUGCUGGAACUGACAGUGGUUUCACGUUUUCCUCCCCAAAUUUUGCCACUAUUCCACAGGACACAGUAAAAGAGAUCACUUGCUCCUCUCCAAGCCACCCAGCAAACUCAUUUUAUUAUCCCAAACUCAAAAUUUUGCCACCUAUUGCCCAAGUAACAAUGGUGAAAUUAAAGAAAAACCAGCUGGGUCUUCCUGUCCCUCAUCUUAAUCUGCCAGCUAAAAGCAAUGAAAUAGUAGACUCUCUCUCAGAAACACCACUGGACUGUGAGGUUUCACAAUGGUCUUCAUGGGGUCUCUGUAGAGGUUCUUGUGGAAAAACAGGGUCCAAGAUCAGAACUCGCUUUGUACUUCUUCAGCCUGCCAAUAAUGGAACUCCCUGUCCAAAUCUGGAUGAAGAAACAGGAUGUGAACCAGAUAAUUGUGUCUGAAAUAAAGAAUAAAUAAUAAUUUAGAUAAUUUAAAAGUAGGAUAAGUUUAAAUAAAUUUAAAAUACUUGUCAGUCAAUGUUCCUUCUAUUCAGGUAUGCUGAACUAUUUUACUGAAAAGGUGUAUUAGACUGGUUUUUGUAAGUUGUUUUAUCUCAAGAUUUUGAGGGGGUUAAAUUCCUAAGGUUUAGUAUGACAACAGUACUCCAUCAUUUACAGACCAGAAAACCCAAAUAAAUCCUUGUUCUAUAUACUGUAAGUUCUUGGAGUACCCUCUAGUGGCAGAAAAGAAGACAUUUGGAAAGAUUGUCGUUCACACGUAUCAACAAAGCUUUCAAUCAUAAAAUCUAAGCUAAUAUGUUUAUUAAAUACUAUAGUUUGUUGAUUUAAAGCUAUUUAUACCUAGAAAUUUAAUUUUUUUCUCUAAAUUAUGUUUAUUAUAAUUUAUUGUCUUUCUAUACAUGUUUAACAUGUGCAUUACUUCAGAAACUACUUACAUUACUCAGCAUUACCAGAUGUUUGCAGUAUGGUUGUGACAAUAAUAUAACGAAGGAAACAUGUCAUGAGUUUUGUGAAUGCAAGCAAAGGUUUGUUCUUCUCAAAUUUGAGCAAAAUAUCUACCAUAAGGACACUUAGUCAGCAAAAUUACAAGCAGAAAUCAGAAGUUUGGAUACUAGUAGGAAAACUCUAAACUUAAAGUGUUAGAUGUGGUUUAAAAACUGACUCAUGGUUGGUGUGAGUCCCUCAUGGGACAACUGUCUCAAAAAUAACUGUUAGAAAGUUAACACUGUUGACCACAACAUAAAUUAUAUCAUUCUCUUUAUAUAUGC